AAAGUUUGGUAAAAUUAAAUAAAUUAUUUUCUUUAGUACCUAAUGGAAAUUAAAACAUCCAUAGCCACGUAUAUUAAUCGUUACUCGAUGCUCUUUACGACUUGAACAACUUAAAAUUGUGAAAUUAAUAUGAAUUUUAAUCACGUUGAUAUGAAUGUGACACCGCAUGACUUGGUUACUGGAGCUCAUAUUACUCAUAUCUACAUAAAUCAAUCUUCAGACACUUUAAAUGGAAGAUCAUUGGCUGAUAAAUUACUUAUAAACAGACCUGUUGAAUUUGGUACAAUCCUGUCAUCACUUGCGUCAGAAGAACCACCAUCAUUAUAUUCUGGCAGUAUCACUGAUGGUAAAGAUGGAGUAGAGGAAAUCUUAAGUAAUUCAACUCCGUACGAAUACGCUAAAAUUAUUCAAUCAUCACAAAUUACACUGGAUAAUAAUGGAACAUAUUCAUGUCACAUAUGUAUAAAUGAUAAUGAUACGCUAAACUCGAUCUGCGAGACUAUAAAUACUAAAAGCACUCAUACAGAAUGCUACGCCGAUACUAAUCGAUCAUAUCCCUCAUCAGAUGACGACGAAACUUAUUGUAGAUAUUCUGUUACCGAUAUUGAUGAACUAUCAGAUAAUGUUUUAAAUGAUCGCCAACCUAUUUCUAAAAGGAUACCAAGGAAUAGUUCUAGUUAUGAUUAUUAUUCCAGUGUUGAUUCUGUAGUGAUUGAUUCUGAAGCUGAUGGCAUUGUAACUUUUCUGGGCAAGAGUAAUGAUAAAGCAGAAGCUCGUUUGGCUGCAAGGCGACAAGCUCGUGCUGAAGCAAGAGAAAUUCGUAUGCGAGAAAUUGAACGACAGCAAAAAGAAGCCGAAGAAAAUGCAGAUAAAGCUUUUGAUAUGUAUGCAGCAGAUGGGCCAAGUAUAAAUCGAGUAUCCCGAGUAGCUACAAGUACUGCCAGUCCACGAGCAGCUAGUUCUAUACUAAAUACGAAUAAUUACCAAUCUAGUCGGCGUAAUUCGGUUGAUUCUCUUGAUGAAACUACUCCUAAUUUUCGUGAUUUUAGAAUGGAAUUAAAAGAUCUAGAAGAAAAGUUCAGGAAAGCUAUGGUACAAAAUGCUCAACUUGACAAUGAAAAAGCCGCUGUAACCUACAUGGUAGAGCUGUAUAAAGACAAGUACACUGAUAUUGAAGAAGAACUUAUGCACGUAAAAAGAGAACACAAAGAAAGCGGCAGGGAAAAUGAAAAGUUAAAACGUUUAUUGGCAACUCAAAAACUAGAAUGUACUGCACUUAAACGAGAGUUAGAAGAUCGUGAUAAACUCAUCGAGGAAAAAGGACUUGUAAUUAUAAGCACAGAACAAGAUGAUUGGAAUGAAAGUAGUGACCAAAGUAAUAAUAAAAUAAAACGUGCCUUAGUUUCUGUUGAAAAUGCUCAAUUGUUGCAAGACGCAGGAGAGGGUUGUUUAGAUGUGCGACUCAAAAAGUUUACUGAAGAACGUAAUAGUUAUUUAGAAGAGAUCAAUCAACUCAAAUUAGAGUUGCAGGAAGCCAAACGCCAUAGUGAUAGCCAUUACAACGGUACAGAUUCAGACGAUUUGGAAGAUGCCCAAAAAGAAACAAACAAAGUUCUUGGGGAUUAUAAAUUUAAGUGGCAAAAGGCUGAACAAGACAUUUCUACAUUGCAAGCAAAUGUAGCCAGACUUGAUAGUCAAGUUGUUAGAUAUAAAACAGCUUCUGAAGCAGCUGAAAAAGCUGAAGAUGAACUAAAGUUGGAAAAAAGAAAACUUCAGCGAGAGCUUCGAGAAGCUCAAGCAAAAAUUGAAGAAUUGGAAACAUCUAAUAUGCAUUUGUUAAAACGCUUUGAUAAAUUAAAGAAUGCCAAGUCUAGUUUAUUGAAAGACCUGUAAUGUCUAUUACUCUUAUCGAACAAAGUUGCAAGAUAUAAUCUAUUGUGCAACAAUAUCUACACUCAUCAGUAUCACG